CUGUACAAGUCGACUUGAUACUGUUGUUUGCUUCUUUGAUCAACGAUACACUUUACCGACAUUCUGUUCGCAAUGGAGGACAAGAUCAACUCUGAAAACACUGCAGUUUCUGAGAACCCAUCGUUGGGCUCCAGCCCGGCGAAAAAGGCAGCAAAAUCGAAGGCGAAAUCUCAGCGUUCAAAGUCGUCGCAUCUUCCGACCUCCGAGAUGGUGAAUGCUGCCAUCAAAGAGCUGAAAGAUCGCAAAGGUUCGUCCCUUCAAGCCAUCAAGAAGUACAUAUCGACCACUUACAAAAUCGAUGGUGACAAAUUGGCUCCUUUCAUCAAGCGUUAUCUGAAGACAGCGUUGACAUCUGGCGCUGUUGUACAGACUAGUGGCAAAGGUGCUUCUGGAUCUUUCAAACUCUCGAUCAACUCGUCUACUGUUAAGGCUAAAGGGCAAAGUCCACGCAAGAAGCCUGUGAAGAGAGCUGAAGUCGCUAAAAUGGCUGUCAAAAAGUCGGUGGUCGCGAGGUCUCUCGGGAAAAAAUCUGCUGCACUGAAAAAAAAUACGAAAACUCUUUCCGCCAUCAAAAUAAAAUCAGAAUCGAAAACUAUUUCCAAAGGUAAGAAAAUUAUCAAAGGACCUACCGCUAGAACUAAAGCACCGAAACCGAAAAAGGUGAUCGUUCGUAAACCAGGAAAAAUUGGAAAGAAGUAAAUUCCUGAUUAUUAUCUAAAAACAUUCCAAAUGGCCCUUUUCAGGGCCACCAAAGUUUUUACAACGUGGAGCAAUGUUAUAAUUCAAAUAAAAUUCUAAUGUUAGGACAUAUUGCCAGGUAACAACAAUUUUGUGAAGUUGAUAAAUCUCUCUUCUUUCUUAAUGAUUCAAUAAUUUUCUAUGAAGCAGUCUUUUUUAAGCGAAAACAAGAAAUUUGGGAAUGAAAACGUCAGUGUACGGUAAGGAAUAGUCGAGAUAGUCGAUGUUGUAUUUAAAUUUCACGUCACGUAACAAUAUUCCGCGAGAUUAUAACACUUCUACGACAUAGGAAGACGAAAUAAAAUAUUGUAAGUGCAUAAAAUAUACUAUAAAAUUAUGAUCACUAACAUUUUAACACGCAUUGGAAUUUUUAUUACUAAAAAAUAUAUGAAUGUGAAGGGA